GUGUUGGAGAAGGAUCGUGCUUAGGAGCACACAGUUUACGAGUUCGAUCGCAGUAUCCGGUUUCAGAGAGUGCGUUGUGUGAGUCGGCGAAGCGAAGAGGAAGAGGUUAAAGUGAGAGAAAAACGAAAAGGUGCGAAGGUCCACGGAGAUUGUUCAUGAGAGAGAAUGACCAUAAGCUUUUUGCCCAAGGAUACAUAUAGAAUGAACGUUGUUUAGUGCGCGUGCAUGUACAGUCACGUACGCGAUAUUACGAUACAAAGUUAAAUUUCACGUUUACGAAUAUAUGUGUACGUGCGCGUGCGUGCGUGUGGGUGAAAGGAAAAAAUUGGAGAAGCUUCGUUGCCGAACGGUGAUUCGUGUUGCGUGAGGAGUCCGUGGAGGCAGCGAAAACAAACAACUCGUGUCCGCCAUCUUGCGCCUCUCCAGCUGCGUUGAGAAGAAGUGGGAGAAGUCAGACGACGCGUGUGUUUUCAUUUCGUGGGGCGAAAAAAAAAGUGUAAGAGGUGGCCAACGGUCACCGAAUGUGGUCAAAUUCGCAAAAAACAGGAAUAGGGAGGACUGCGAGAGAACUCGAAACGAGCGGGGCGAGGUAGCAUUGCGCUCACAGAGGAGGUUCGUGGGGGCACCCCACCAAGUUUAUUCCUCCGCGUUCCCCCUACCCUUUUGCCCUGGAUCCCGAGAUUAUUGCGCAGUUAGAAAAAUCACUGAACACAAAUACCACCGAUAACUUUUUCGUUUCAUCUUUAAAAAGUGGCCCGCGAACAUAAUACGAACGGGUUGGUUGACUUUGUGAGUGACAAGGAAGGUCGAAAUCAACGACGACGGAGAAGCCAUGACGAAUUCGGCGCCGAAACUGAACAACAAGGUUGAACGGCACGGGUCACCGAACGUCGGUGUCGAGCGGCACCAUCAUCGCUCCGGCGCGAUCAAGUCGUCGACGUUCUUCAACGGCGGACGAUCGUACGGCAGGAAUUCUAGUGGUCGAUUGAACUGCAGUCCACACUGUUCGUCCAAGAGCACAAGAAAUUCACCGCUACGGUACGAGUACAGUCCACGGGGAAGCCCGACGAACAGCUUCUACGCGGGUGCAAAGUUUUCCGAGCCACCGUCACCGGCCAGCCUUCCGAAACCGCCGAGCCAUUGGACCACGAGACUGAUGAUGACCAGUUGCCAGCAAGCCGACAGGAGUUGCGAUAUCUCGAAUCAUCUGAAGAUGAUAUUAAACGUCCAAGCCUGAUACCCAAAGACCAACAGAGGACCGUUGCACACUGUGACAACAAGCUCCUAAAAAAAAGCAAAAAACAAUUUGAGACAGGCCCGCGAUAAUCGUCGUCGUACCUUCGCCAAUUGGAUUUAAGGAUGUAUUUUUUCUCUUGUACGUGAUAUAUCAAGCUGCUCGUUCCGGGAAUACACAUACAACAUAAAGAAAAAAAAACCCCACACCAAAAGGAUAAAGUGUUUAAACACAAGGAACAAACGCGCGAUAACACAAUCUUCAAGCAAAAGACGAUACGAGUAUAUUAAACAUGCAACUAGUUCAGGGCACCAGUGUCUUCGGUUUCACGGUAUGGGAUGCUGAGUGAAAAAAAAAAAGGAAAAACAAAGAAACGAACCAUUGUAUUUGUUCUUUGAAGCUAUUAUACAAAGCAUACGAAAGAAAAAAACAUUAAGGGGAUAAUUGACGCAGGUGCGUCUGUCGCCGCGAACCGUGAUUCAAGUAUAUGAUAACUUGUAACGAUUCUAUUAUGCGCCGUCUAUGAGGAUAUAAACGUAUGUAUUUUAGAUUAUUAUUAUAUAUGAUUAACUUGCAGAGACGCAUUACACGUAUACACAUACAACAAAAAAAAUACACACCACACAUACACAUACACACAUAUAUACACUUAAUAUUAUAUGUUUGACGAAAUGGUACGAAGACACAGGCAAAGCUGCAUUAGCUAUUUUUAGAGACAAUAGCUAUAAUCGAUUUUGUUUUCUCUUUUUUUUUCUUCGUUUUUUUUAUUUUAUACGGGUCAAAAUUGCUACGACGUAGCGCCGUCGAACAUUGAGAUAUGGUUUUAUUCUUUUCUAUUACG